GCGCCAGUAUUAAAUUUGUGACGUCAAGAGCUCCGCUUCGCGAGAAAUCCGAGGUUAACAUCCGCCAAGUGUACAGCUAUACAGAUAGAUAUAUAUAAGGCCCGACCCCGCCAGCAUCCCAAUUUGCAGUAAUCCUCUUUGCCAAUCCAAAAAACCAACGCCAAAAACCAAAUCAAGAUGGCCGCCCCAGCACCAGCACUCAAGGACCUGCCCAAGGUGGCCGAGAACCUGAAGAGCCAGUUGGAGGGCUUCAACCAGGACAAACUGAAGAACGCCAGCACCCAGGAGAAGAUCAUUCUCCCCACCGCCGAAGGUGAGUUAGUUGUUAGUGAAGGUCUGAUGGCAAACAAUGAAAAAAAUGAAACCCAAUCCUUUCGAAACGCAGAUGUGGCUGCCGAGAAGACCCAACAGUCGAUCUUUGAGGGCAUCACCGCUUUCAAUCAGAACAACUUGAAGCACACGGAGACCCACGAGAAGAACCCGUUGCCCGAUAAGGAAGCCAUCGAGCAGGAGAAGGAGAAGAAUCAGUUCAUCGCCGGCAUCGAGAACUUUGAUGCGAAAAAGUUGAAGCACACCGAGACCAACGAGAAGAACGUGCUGCCCACCAAGGAGGUGAUCGAGGCCGAGAAGCAGGCUUAAAAAGGGGGCUCCAAUGUGGUCCAAUCCGAUCCGAGAUCCGAGAUCGGAGAUCUGAGAUCCGAGAUCCGAUCCUCAGUCACCCCGUCUCUAUUUUUCGUCUCGCCGCAUCUCACUCUUUAUACGUAUAAAGCUAUUCCCUCUCUCAUUUUUCCACUGCUACCAAGUAAUUCGAACCGCUGCGCAUGCGCGUGGUUGCAAAAGUAUUUUACUAUUAUAUUCCGGUUGUUUUUUUUUUUUGCAUUAUUUUUUUAUAUAUAUACUUUUUGUAUUAACAAGCAAGAGAGCCAGUCUCAUUCCUACAGCGUAAUUAACAUAAAAUAAACCUUUGUCUAUCCCAUAUACUUGUGCAUAAAUGUUUCCAAAACACACGACACUCACACAUCAUCUUGAAAGGAAUGAAAAAUCGCAGAUACAAAGCAAUACGACAGCCAACUUACUCAAAACAUUUACACAAAA